GGGUUGCAUCAAAAGCAGCAUGGCCAGCAAGUCAAGGGGGAUAAUUCUACCCAUAAAAUCCCUUCUCCUGAGACCCCACCUGCAAAAUGGUGUUCAGCUCUGGGGCCCCAAGCAAAAGGAGCACAGGGACCUGUAGAGAUGGACCAUGGACCUCCUGAUCCAAGGAGGGCCACAGAUAUGCUCAGGAGGCUGGAGUACCUCCCCUGUGUAAGAGACCUGGGGUUAUUUAAUGUAUGGAGAGAAGAAAAAGCUCUGGGGAAACCUUCCAGCAGCCUUCCAGUGAAAGUGGCCUACAAGAGAAAUAGAGGGGCUUUAUACAAAGGCAUGUGGUGAUGGGAGUUGUUGAGGACAGCAAAAUGGGGAAAGUAGUCAGUGCACUGGAUGGCAGGGCUGAUAUUUGUAGGGAGAGUUUGGAGAAAUAGGUUGGCACAAAUGUUAUAAAGUCUGACACAAGUAAAUAUGUCAUCUUGCAUCUGGGAAAGGACAAGCCUGUGCAAUCAGCCUGGGUUAGAGGCCUGCCCAGGAAGCAGCUUUGUAGAUAAUGACCCUGGUAGACAAAGAGCUGAACAGGAGAUGGGAAUGUGUUCCCCUGACAAAAAAGGUGACAGACAGCUUCAGCUCUGCAAAGGUCUGUCCAGCUAGUGCAGGGAAAUGAUCCCAGCCCUCCAUCAGUGCAGGACUGUGUCAAGACCACAGCACUCCAGGAAACCUCAUUUUAGUAUAUGACUACCUGGUGAGAUGAGGAGAUAGAGCCUUCUGGAGGUGGAGACAAACAGCAACAGACACUAAUUGAAACAUCCUAAGUUCUCACUAAAUGUAAAGGAAUUUGUCUGUUUUGUGUUGGUGUUUUUUUUCCCUAUAAGACUGGCCAAAUACUAGAAAUCCCUCCAAACAUAAAUUAUUAUAUGAUUCUAUAUUUUAAUAAUUCUAUUGUCCAACACACAUUUAUAGUCAUCUUUAUUGCUCUUGUUUGUGCAGGAGUAAAGAAUGGAAUCAAAGAACAUCACCACUGUGACAGAAUUUGUCCUGUUGGGCCUGACACAGAGUCACAAGCUGCAGUAUUGUCUCUAUGUGAUCUUCUUCCUCAUCUAUGUAAUAACCUGUCUACUGAACUUCACCAUCAUUGCCACUGUGACUGUGGACCAACAGCUCCACACCCCCAUGUACAUUCUCCUGGCCAACCUCGCUUUCCUCGACAUCAGUGAUUCCUCGGUCAAUACUCCCAAACUGCUGGCAGGCCUCCUCACCCAGCACAAAAUUAUCUCAUUCAAUGAGUGUUUCCUCCAGAUAUUCUUCUUCCAUUUCAUUGCAGGUGCAAUGUCUUUUUUGCUCGUAGGGAUGACAGUCGAUCGGUUUGUGGCCAUCUGUGAGCCACUGCGCUACUUGUCCAUCAUGAGCUGGAAUGUGUGCACAGGAUUGGUGGCAGCUGCAUGGUUUGGUGGAUUUCUUCAUUCAGUUAUACAAACUGGUCUUCUUCUCCAGCUGCCAUUCUGUGGCCCAAAUGUUCUGGACAAUUUCUACUGUGAUGUCCCUCAAGUCAUCCAAGUGGCCUGCACUGACACUCACGUGGCUGAACUCCAGAUGGUGUUUAAUAGUGGAGUGAUCCUCAUCACCCUUUUUGUAAUCUUGAUUACUUCUUACAUUGUCAUCCUGUUUAAGAUAAGGACGUGCCUCACAGAAGGGAAGCGAAAAGCUCUGUCUACCUGUGGAACACAGAUAACUGUUGUGAGCUUAAUAUUCAUCCCCUGCAUCUUCACCUAUGCCCAGCCUUAUAAGAAAUACCCCAGGGACAAGGUGGCCUCCAUUGUUUACACUGUGUUUGCUCCAAUGUUAAACCCCAUCAUCUACACACUGAGAAACACUGAGAUGAAAAAGGCCAUCAGGAGAACACUGGGAAAAAUAUUUCUGUCAGCAGGAAUACAGAAACCAGACCGACAGUAGAUCCAAAGACAUCAAAUCUGGUGUUUCCAUGAGAAAACUGUGUUCAUCACCGAUAUUCCUGCUCCUUCAGUAAGCUUUCUUGAUGUGAGAUGGGGACAACAUUCACCUCCCAUCAGUUUAGGAAGGUCAGGCACAUGGAGUGUGCAGUAUGGUGGAAUGUCUAGGGCCUAAUAAAAGUUGUCUGGAAUAAAUCACCUGCAGAAACAUCACCAUGACACACCCUGGGUGCUGACCAUGCAAGGGGCCCUACCCACACCUUCCUCCUCUCCUGUGGAAAUCACAGCUGAGCCUUCCACUCCAGCAUGUCUCACUUCUCUUUAGCACCAUGGUGUAGUUUCAUCUCUAAGUUAGCACUGAUGCCUUACUGAAACUGGAAAUAAAAUAACACACUUUGGAGAUAUUAGUUAUAGAAGGGAAUAUAAAGGCUGGUCUUUGUUGGAGGCCUCCAGAGGCAGACAUGGAAAAUAUCCACAAAAUGCCCACUCCCCAUGGGGUGAAUACAGUUUUAUAAGUUUAGUAAAUUAGCAUAUUUAACAAAAAUCACUAAUUAGGAGCACAAGAGGUGAUGCAAUUUUCCCCAGUUCAGCCUUCUCUGAAUCCUCCCUGCUCAGAUGGAAAUUAAACUUUAUUUAUAAAAAUAUAUCUUGAAGACCUGGUCUCAGCCUUGGUUCCUAGGGAGAAUCAAGGUAGGAUAGGGGUCUUGGAAUGUAUUUUAUCUUUCUGCCUAUCAGGAUAGGGAAAAGUACUGGGGAAAAUUAGCUAGAAUACAAUAAUAGGCUGCAGAGAUACAAAUGCAUGUGUAAAGAAUACGGAGAAUACAUGAAAGAAAAAAGGCAAAAAUAAAUUUGGCAUCAGCACGAUGGCAUCUGCACAUUACUGCAUUAGUAACUUCACCAGCAAUGUUGAGAGAGACAGAAAAUCAUUCUGAAAAUGCAUUAGUGGGAGAAAACUCUCAGACCUGUAAGGAUUAUUUAGGUUUAGAGCUGUUUGAGUUUUAAUUCCCUUAGAGAGACAAGUGAGAAAUGAAAUCCCUCUUGACAGUAGAAACAAAAAACUCCCACAAAACACAUAAACAACUGAUGGGAAAAGAAACUGAAGUAGAAUUCAGAAUAAUAAAAGGAAAAAAAAGAGAAAAGAAGGUAAUAAAAGCACACAAGAGGAAAAACCUCCUUAUGUCACUUUUUGAUGCUUUGUCAAAGGUCAAAAUUUCAUGUCAUGUAUUAAAAUCAAAACAUUCCUUGACAUUCUUUAUUUUCUCCAUUUUUCCUUUCUUCCUGAAGAUGAAGAGCUCAUUGUGCUGGCUGUGUGUAUAAACUGAGUGAUAUUUCCCAGCUAACUGUGAAUCCUUGCCCAUCUGCCUGCCCAAAUAUCAUCACUGGCACCAGAGGCUGUGCCCAGACUGCCUCUGCUCUCUCUCCCUGCUGAGCAAGGGUGAACAUUGUGUGCCAGACACUGCAGGAGAGUUUGUCCCUUUCCAUCCUUUAGAUAAAGUUUUCUUUGUCUCUUCA